GUUGGAUUGGCUCGAUCCUCUCCCGCCAGGCCUGUCCGACUCCCGCGCGCUCCUGGGCCCGCCCCCACCGCCAUCUUGGCCCGGGAGGGAGCGGAGAACAGGCGCGAGUAAACAGCCCAAGCGGCGGGAGUCGACUUGCGGUAGCAUCCUCGUGCCGCGGGCUUGCGGCGGAGGGGACCGCGUUUGGAUCUGCUCGCGAGCAGUCAGGGUGGCCGACAUGUCGGCCCUAGGUGAGAAUCCCCUCCUGCCGCUGUUGGAGACUUUGGAAGACUCUUCCGCCUUCCCUGGAGAGCAGACCGACGCUUACCUGACCCUGACCAGUCGUAUGACUGGAGAUGAAGGAAAAGAAGUCGUCAUAGAAAUGGAGAAAAAUCUUCCUCGGUUAUACAAAGUUUUAAAGACUCACAUUUCCAAUCAAAACUCAGAGCUGAGUAGUGCUGCUCUUCAAGCUUUGGGCUUUUGUUUAUAUAAUCCCAAAAUUACUUCAGGAUUAUCAGAAGCAAAUAUUCAAGAAUUGCUUUCAGAACUGAAUGAUAUUAUUAAAAGUUCAGACAAAAAUGUACGUACCAGGGCUCUUUGGGUAAUAUCCAAACAGACAUUUCCCACCGAAGCUGUUGGCAGAAUGGUAUCCAGUAUAAUUGAUUCAUUAGAAAUAAUACUUACUAAAGGAGAGAUACAUUCUGCUGUUGUUGAUUUUGAAGCAUUAAAUGUUAUCAUAAGGUUAAUUGAACAAGCUCCAGUUCAGAUGGGAGAAGAGUCAGUAAGGUGGGCUAAACUGGUCAUACCUUUAGUGGUUCAUUCAGCACAGAAGGUACAUUUGCGGGGAGCCACAGCUCUGGAAAUGGGAAUGCCAUUGUUGCUUCAGAAACAACAAGAAAUAGCAAACAUUACAGAGCAUCUUAUGACUACUAAAUUAAUCUCAGAACUCCAAAAGCUAUUUAUGAAUAAAAAUGAGACCUAUGUUUUAAAAUUAUGGCCUUUGUUCGUCAGACUUCUUGGAAAGACCUUGCAUCGAAGUGGGAGCUUCAUCAAUUCUUUGCUACAACUGGAAGAACUGGGAUUUCGUAGUGGAACACCCAUGAUUAAAAAAAUAGCUUUUAUUGCUUGGAAGAGCUUAAUAGAUAAUUUUGCUUUAAAUUCAGAUAUACUGUGUAGUGCAAAAAGACUCAAGUUGUUAAUGCAGCCUUUGAGUUCCAUCCAUGUGAGAACAGAAACUCUAGCAUUAACAAAACUAGAAGUCUGGUGGUAUUUGCUAAUGAGACUUGGACCUCAUCUCCCUGCUAAUUUUGAACAGGUUUGUGUGCCUCUGAUUCAGAGCACAAUAAGUGAUUCUAGUACUUCACCUCCAGGAAAUUCAUCACGUGUAGCUGCUUCUCCAGGAUUAAGUCCUAUGACUCCUGUACACAAAGGUGCUUCCCCAUAUGGAGUUCCUGUAACUACACGGAUGAAUAUGAGUACAAAUUUAGGUGGAAUGGCAGCAAUUCCUUCCAUUCAGCUUUUGGGACUUGAAAUGCUGCUUCAUUUUUUAUUGGGUCCAGAAGUCUUAAAUUUUGCUAAGCAACACAAACUUGUAUUGAACUUAGAACCACUUGAACAUCCGUUAAUCAGCAGUCCUUCUUUUUUUUCUAAACAUGCACAUACACUUAUCACUGCUGUUCAUGACAGCUUUGUUGCAGUUGGAAGAGAUGCUUCUGAUGCAGUUGUCAAUGCUAUCUGGAAGGCGCUAAUUAGCCUAGUGAAUUCACUUACUGAAUCCGGAAAUAAAAAAGAGAAACCAGGUUCUGAAGUAUUGACUCUCCUACUAAAAUCUUUAGAAAGCGUAGUGAAAUCAGAAGUACUUCCUAUAUCAAAAACCCUGGUCCUCAUGGAAAUUACAAUUAAAGGACUUCCUCAGAAAGUGUUAGGUUCACCAGCAUAUCAGGUUGCUAAUAUGGAUAUUCUUAAUGGAACUCCAGCUUUGUUCUUAAUUCAGUUAAUUUUCAGCUGUUAUAUACAGGAAUGUGGAAUAGCAGAUGAAAGGUUUUUUCUCAACCUGGAAUCACUUGUAGGCUGUGUGCUUUCUGGUCCAACUUCACCACUGGCUUUUAGUGACUCCGUUUUAAGUGUUAUUAAUCAAAAUGCAAAGCAAUUGGAAAAUAAGGAGCAUCUCUGCAGAAUGUGGAGCAUUAUAGUCACUCCGUUGACUGAAUUGAUUAAUCAGACCAAUGAAGUAAAUCAAGGUGAUGCCUUAGAACAUAAUUUUAGUGCCAUCUAUAGUGCAUUGACUUUACCAAUAAAUCAUAUUUUUUCAGCACAGAGAUUUCCUGUGGUGACCAUGAAGGCUUUACUUCGAACUUGGUCAGAACUGUAUAGAAUAUUUGCUCGCUGUGCUGCUUUGGUAGCAACUACAGAAGAGAAUUUGUGUUGUGAAGAACUUUCUUCUAAGAUAAUGUCCACUUUAGAAGAUGAAGCCUUUUUGAAUUUGUUGUUCUUGGACAGAAUCAUUCAUAUUAUUACUGUAAUAGUGGAUUGCAUUGACUUUUCACCGUAUAAUAAUAAAUAUCAGCCCAUAGUUAAAUCACCACAGAGGUCUUCAGAUUGGGCCAAAAAGAAGAAAGAGCCCCUAGGAAAAUUGGCCUCUUUGUUUAAACUUACUGUAAGAGUGAUUUGUUCGUUCCAUACCUUGAGCUUCAAAGAAACACAUUCUGAUACUCUGCUUGGUAUUGGCAACUCAAUCAUCAACAUGAUUUCCAAUCUCCUUGGACAUAUUUCUUUGCCUUCUGUGAUUCGAAAAAUAUUUACCGUAUUAACAAGACCCUUGGCAUUAUUUUAUGAAAAUUCCAACCUUGAUGAAGUUCCUAAAGUGUAUAGUUCUCUGAACAACAAGUUAGAAAAGCUACUAGGAGAAAUUGUUACUUGCCUGCAAUUCAACGCUGGGACCUUUGACAGUGAACUUCUUGAACAGCUCUCCCCACUGUUAUGCAUAAUAUUUCUGCACAAAAAUAAACAGAUUCGAAAGCAGUGUGCUCAGUUCUGGAAUGCCACAUUUGCUAAAGUGAUGAUGUUGACUUAUCCUGAAGAGUUGAAACCAGUACUAAGAGAAGCCAAACAGAAAGUUUUGCUUCUAUUGCCUGGUUUGGAAAAUGUUGAAAUAAUGGAAGAAUCCAGUGCAUCAUACUCAGAUGCAACAGAAAAUUCACAAUUAAAUAUCAAGAUAAGUGGUUUGGAAAGAAAAUCAAAUGGAAAAAGGGAUUCCUUUUUGGCACAAACAAAGGGAAGAAAAGAAAAUGUGAAGCUGUCUGCCAAACUGAAACGAGAGUCUUCAUCUCUAAGAGUAAAAAGUGAACCUCUUUUGGAAGAGGAAAAGUCUACUGAUUUUGUGUUGAUACCUCCAGAAGGAAAAGAAUCAAAGGAAAGAAUACUAACUGAACAUCAAAAAGAAGUACUCAAGACAAAGCGGUGUGAUAUUCCUGCCAUGUAUAAUAAUCUGGAUGUUUCACAAGAUACUGUAUUUACUGAUCACUAUAGUCAGGAAGACUCUGUACAAACUCCUACUUUAACUGAAAAACCAAAGGAGGAUACCAAGGUGGUGACUAAGGAAGAACAAAUGAAGAGUGACACUGUCAUUCAAGAUGCCUUGGAAAACUGUGGUAUGGAUGAACAUGUCAAAAAGGCUUCUUUUUCAAAUAAUGAGUGUGGUUUUGUUCCCAAAACCAAUCCAGAAAUAAUGAGCGGUAGUAACGAAGCCAGAAAAAACAGUUUAAUUUCAUCAAAGAAAACGUCAACAGAAUGUGCAUCUAGUGCAGAAAAUUCAUUAGUCAGCAGUCAAUCAAUUUCUGAUGCCAGUAUUUCUGAAACUCCCCCACAAACUACAAGUCGGAGGCAAAGUUUUAUUACCUUGGAGAAGUUCGAUGGUUCAGAGAAUAGACCUUUCAGUGUACCCUCUUUGAGCAGUAUGUCGUCAAAUACUUUGGUGCAGAAUAGCCAGGAAAACAUGACUACAACAGAUAAUACAUCAAAAACAAAUAAGAGAGAAAUGAUGCAUUCAAAAUCUGAUUCUGAAAAGAACCUUCAUGGAAUUAGGAAAUCAAGCCGGAGAUUGAGUAAAGUUGAGAAGUCAGCAAGUAAAAGAUCUAAACCCUUAAUAAAAUCUCAACAGGAGGAAAAUCAAGAAUUGGUUGAAGGCACUAUAUCUUUAGAAAAUAAUUCACCUGUCUUUUUUAAUCAAACAGACUGUUCAUCAGAUGGUCAGACUCAUAUUUCUGACUCUGUUCCAGAGCAUGAAGAUAGAAGACCCAAACUAACAUUAGAAAAUACUGUGUUAUUGGAAAACGGUACUGUCCAAGACAAAAACAUGGGGAUUAAUUUAGAAUCCAAAGAAAAUACACCUCCAGCGCAACCCCCAGCAGAUCAGAUAGUAAAUGAAGAUAGUCAGGUUCAGGUAACUCCAAAUCAAAAAACUCUGAGACGAUCAUCAAGGCGACGUUCAGAAAUAACAGACGCUGUUGGUGAUAACCAAGAUAAAGAAAAUAGUCAUCAAAAAAAGGAAAGACAUAAGGAAGAGGAAAAACUUCAGGGCUUAUUGCAUGUAAAAGAUGAUGUGUUACCUAAACAGAAACUGACUUACGAACAAACUGGGCAGGAAAACUUACUUGAGAAAGAAAGUAAUUUACAUGAGAAGGCUUGUGGUGAAACCAGUGUUAAUGCUGACAUUGAUCAAAGUAAAAGAAAACCAGACCUUGAGAAUGUUAAUUCUCAGGGAGAUAGUGCCCUGGACAUUGUAGAUAAGUCCUCUGAGAGACCUUUAAGAGGACGAACACGUUACCAAACAAGAAGGUUAUCUCAGGGUUUGCUUUCUAGCAUUGAAAACUCAGAAUCUGAUAGUUCUGAGGCAAAAGAAGAAGGUUCUAGGAAGAAGAGAUCUGGAAAAUUGAAAAACAAAAACAAUGACAGUAUUGAUACUGAACAAGAGGAAAAAAUCACAGAAGAGGAAUCUGGAAGUGUCACGAAUCAUACACAAGAUUAUAAAGCAAUUUCUGAGAUAGAUGUAGACAAAAAGCCUCAGGUUCUUGAAAAAGGUCAGAGUAAUACUAUAAUACUUCAGGAUUCUAAAACAUCUGUGGGCAUGUUGCAAGUUUCUGUUGAUGUGCCAAACACAUGCGAGGAAAGAGUCAAGACUACCAAAUGUUUAGAGUCUUCCUUUGCAAGUUCGCCUAUGCCAGAAUCAAAUUUAAAGACUAGAAAUGCCAGUAAGAGAUCAGUUAAGCAAGAUUCUGAUAACAGUGUGGGAGAAUGCUCUAGAAUUGGGGCAUCAGAAAUGUCUACACUUUCUGAAAAAAAUGUCCAGACAAUUGAAUGCCACCAUAAGAGAAGUAGGAGGGUGAGAAGAUCUAAAGGUUGUGACUGCUGUGGGGAAAAAUCUCAACCUCAGGAAAAGUCACCCAUUGGGUUAAGGAACACAGAAAAUACUGACAUAAAGAGCAGUGAAAUAAAGACCAGUGUGCAAACACCUGACACAGUAUUAGAAACAGAUUCUAAAGCUAAUUUGUGUUCUGAAGUGAAAGUUUUAGAUGAACGUGCAAGUGUGAGUUUUAGUUUGGUUCUCAAGGGGAAUGACACUAUUAAUGAUUCUGUAUUGGGACCUGAAACUGAGUUGAAAAAAAAUACUAUUCAAAAGUCUUCUGAAAUAAUAAGUUUGAAAGAAAAAGCUUGUGAUACAAAUUCUGGUGAAGCAUGUGAUACAAAUUCUGGUGAAGCACUGUGUCCUGAAAGUGAAGAACCAUCUAAUAAAAAGUUUAAAGCUGAAGACCCAUGUUUAGAGAACAGCAAGGACAUUUCAGAGGCAUAUCAUUUGGAUACCACAGGAGAAAACCCAGAAACAACACUAAAAAUAGAACUUAAUGUUGUUAAUAUUAAAGGAAAUGUAUGUAAAGCAAGAGGAGAAUCCAAUAUAGAGGUUGUAAAAGUUACCAAAUUAGAUGCAGAAAACUGUGAAUCUGAAGCUAGCGUCUCUGAAAAAGUGUGUGUCAAAAAUGACACUUCUGAAGUGGCAACAGAGGAAUGUAAGAGUAGUGUUGAACCUAGCACAGAAACAGGUGACAGACAAGAUGUCAAAGAAGUGGCACCUGAGGACUUUUGUUCAGGUGUUGGCCUUUGUGAUAACACCUCACCUAUAAAUGUGGAACCUCAGACUGACAUAUCUGAACAAAUAGCAGGUGGUAAACUAGGUGACCAAAAUGAGUCAGUUACAGCCUCAUCUGAAGAAAUGAAUACUAACAUGGAAAAUUCUGAAGAAAUAGUGAUUAAUCACGUGAGUAAUGAAAUUGACAAUGUCACAGAAACAGAUGAGAAUGUAACUACUAAAACUAAGUCAGAAAUGAAAAUAGAACAGUUGAAUGUAGAACUUGACAGUUUUGUUUCUGACACACUUGAAAUGAACACUGAGGAAGAAAAGAUUGACUCUAAUAAAACUGAAACUAAUAUUGAACUUUGUAAGUCUGAAGAAACAAAUUUAGAUGACAAUCAAAUGGUAGUGGGAAAUAUUUUAUUGGAAGUUAAUCAUACUCCAGAUAAAGCAGAAAAACCAACAGAGUCUUUGACAUCUGAAACAGCUGUCUCUGAACUAGUAACGGAAAACAUUAAUUCAUCUCCUGAAAAACUGAGGGAACUUGAUUCUUUGCUCAUGUCAGCAAAUGACAGUCCUAGUGCCACACAGACACGCUGUGUCUGGUCUCCUUUGGCUUCUCCAUCUACCAGCAUUUUAAAAAGAGGACUAAAACGACUUCAAGAAGAUGAGAUCUCAUCACCUAUUAACAAGGUUCGCCGUGUCUCCUUUGCGGAUCCAAUAUACCGAGCAGGGUUGGCAGACGACAUUGAUAGGCGAUGCCCUCUUGUUAGGUCUCAUUCUUCAAAUAGUUCACCUAUAAUAAGAAACGUUAAAACUUCACCUACUUCACAGACAAAGCAUAAUACCACUUCAGCCAAAGGAUUUCUGUCUCCAGGAUCACGUAACUGUAAAUUUAAGAGCUCAAAGAAGUGUUUAAUUACAGAAAUGGCCAAAGAGUCCAUAUCAUGCCUCACAGAAAGUGUUUACCCACCUUUGAUGAAUUGUGCAGCACCAGUUGACAUAAUUUUACCUCAGAUUACCUCUAACAUGUGGGCAAGAGGUCUAGGACAACUCAUCAGAGCGAAGAAUAUAAAAACUAUUGGGGAUUUGAGUACUCUUACAGCAUCAGAAAUAAAAGCUCUUCCUAUUCGUUCUCCAAAAGUAUCGAAUGUAAAAAAAGCUCUCAGAAUAUAUCAUGAACAGCAGAUGAAAUCUCAUGGACUUGAAGAAAUUCCGGUUUUUGAUAUUUCUGAGAAAACACUAAAUGGAAUAGAAAAUAAAUCAGCUGACGAAGAAAGACUUGCCUCAGAUUUGAUCGAUCCUGCUGCUUUAGAAACUCCAUUAUCGAAAAAUCUUGUGGCACAAAUUAGUGCUCUUGCGCUUCAGUUGGAUUCUGAGGAUCUCCAUAACUAUUCAGGAAGUCAGCUAUUUGAAAUGCACGAGAAACUUGGUUCUAUGGCGAACUCUAUAAUAAAAAAUCUGCAGUCACGUUGGAGAUCACCAGCCCAUGAAAAUUCUAGUUAGUAUCUUAAGAGAAAAUUGAAGAUUUUAAAACAUCACCAUAUUUCCUGAUUGAUAAACAUGUUCUGGCAUAUUGCAGAAUUUAAAAGAGGAAAGUGUUUGCAAAGUUAGUAACAUCUAACACCAUGAAAGACAGUGAUUUUAUUGUGUAAGUGCAGUUUUUAAUUUCAUUAGGUAAGUUUUUUUUUCUCCACCACAUUUUCUUGGCUAUGUGUAGUUUUUCAUGAAAAGUAAAUAUUUCACUGAAAUUGAAAGCAAGAAUAGAAACAAGCUACAUUUUAUUUUGUACUUUCGACUCUUGCUUAUUUUGGUGAUCUGUGUAAUGAAAAAUAGGUGAAAUUGAAAUUUUUUUAUUUGAAUUUUGCUGAACUGAUAAACAUGUUUAUACUUGGGUUUUGUUUUUACCAGAGGUUUGGGAAAUGGUUUCCUAGUAAAACACUUCAAAUGAGAUGUAAAAAAAAAGAGGGGGCCUUCACCUCCCUCCCACAUAGAUGUCACUUUAGACAGUUUAGAAGAAGAAAAAAUACCAAGUUUCAACUUCCUAGGUUAAAAUAUUGAUGCAGAAUGUACUAAAAUCCCAUUCCUUUGCAUUACCAAUUUGGGCAGCAGCAUUUGCCUAUGAAAAUUUACUCUAGAGAUAACAGUAUUCAUUUCUCAAUGUAUGACUGUACAUUAUGUAUAGAUGGCAUUUAAUUUAUAAAUCUCAGCCUUCAUUGAUUUUUUUUCAGUUGUGAAUACAGUUUUGUUUAAUUGAAAUAUUUGUAUAUAUUUAAUACUGAAUUAUCAAUAUAGGCAGUAGAAAUACUUCAUGGGCUUGCUGCAAAUACUUGUAGUAUUCUGUAUCUACAAAUAAAACAGCACAUAGUUUUUGUACUUAGUUAAUAGUGUUGGUUAAAACAUGGGUUUAUUUUCUAAAGUGUCCAAAAAGUAAAAUUUAUUGAAAUGAGAAAAUGUUACAUGACAACUUUGCUAUUCAUGUCCUUUUUCUUUUGGUUUGGAAGAAGAUACCAGCCACUAGAAAGUGUGUCUCAUUAACAUUUCUUCUUAAUGAAGAGUUAGUUUGAAUAUUUUUUCAUUGCAAGUUGGACUGUAAGAAGUCUAGAGAUAACCUGCUUUUUCCACCUAUACCUAAAAGUAAACUUGGAUAGAGUUUGAAACUGCUCUUUUUAUAUGUGUAUGUAUGUUUUGCCAAGUUUCAAAAUAGAGCGUGUAAUUAAAACAUUUGUAAAUUUCACCAAGUAGUGUUAGUGCCUGGUUUCCCAUGUAUGUUAUGUCUUUGUGUGCAUGAGACAGAGACAGGGACUUGCUGUAUAUAGUCCAGGCAGACACGGAGCUAUGUCGCCCAGGCUAGUCUUGAAUUUGAGAUCCUCUAACCUCAGUCUCUGCUGAGCACCCUGAUACAGGUAUAUGCCACCUUGUCCAGCUUAUUUGUGGGUGCGGGUGUGGGUGUAUGUAUGUGUAUGUGUGUGUGUGUUUAACUAGAAUUUAUCUCACUUGUCUGAUCAAGUCAGAAGUGCAUCAAGUCAUAGGAUCUUUAACCUUUUGUCUACUUUAAGGUCUCCCUUUCCAUUAGGGACCUUCAACCAGUCCCUGUAAAAAUUGAUCUUUUUCAAAAUCAAAAAUAUUGUUAAUACAUUUUUGGUUUGAAAUAUACACCCAUAUAUCACGUGUGUGUGAUACAUGUAAACAGUGAUUUUUAAAAAUUCUGGGGUUGUUGAAUUAAGAAUUGUAGCUUGAUUUAAAAAAAAACUCAAUUUUAAAAAAGUGAAACACAGUUGUGGUUUACAUUGAUAUUAUAUAUCUGUAAUCCUUUAAUAUCUUAGGACCUUUAACAAAGUCCACUCCUUCUCUUAAGAACCUACCUACCUUCUUUUCUUCCUUCCUUCCUUCCUUUCUUCCAUCCAUCCAUCCAUCCAUCCAUCCAGAGACAGGAUCUUUCUGUAUAUUCAGGCUAGCCUUGAACUCACUGUGUAGCCCAGGCUGGCCUUGAACUUACAGUGAACCCUCCGACCUCAGCUUCCCAAGUACUGGGAUUUUUCUGUCAUAUUUAAUACUGAAGAGGCAUGAAUUUGUAGUGAACAGGAUGAGUAUGGGUAGGAAAGGGUAUGUUUGGAGAAGGAAUAGCUGCAUAGUUUAAUGCAGGUACAGUUCAGAGAUAAGAAUCAGUUUAUUUCACGAUUGCAUGCCAUAAGGUUGGUGUGAACUGUUCUCAUGUGUUGGUGGGAUGAAGCUCUUGGGAAACUAGAAUACAGCGGAAAAUGUGGCUAAAAUGAUUACCAUGUAAGUGCUAAUACUAGUUAAGUUGUGGUUCAUUGAAAUUGUGUUUAAAAAUACUGUAUGAGGCCUAAUGUGAGCUUGUUAAAUCUUUUUAAUUGCUGCGGUGACAAGCAUAUAUAUGAAUCACCUUACGUCAGUAUUCACUGCAAAUGUCUCCCCGAAGUAACAAAAGCAUUAAUAUUUUUUUGGUAGGCUCCAGUGUAUUGUUUCAUUAAUAAAAAUAGAUGUUUUUUCCUAGGUCUUUUCUGAUCAUUAAUAAAACAUGGCAGAUACUACAUUCAGAUCCAGUUUAAUAAUUACUUGUCUUGAAUCUAAUAGCAUGCAGUGUAAUUUUUAAUACCUAUGAAAUCUGUUGGACUUAAGUUUUCAGUAUUUGAGUCCAUUAUUUAAAGAUACUUGACUAUUUCAACAAGUUUAAACCAUUGGAGUUUUACUCUUAAUUCCAAAUAGUAUAGAUUGGGUCACAUUAAUCCUUCUAGGGAUAAUAUAGUCAAAUAAAGGAUUGAAAUCUGAAUUUUAAAAGCAUGAUUGUUAGCUGACAUUGCUCAUGGAUUCUUUUUUCAGUAUAAUUUGAAGGUAGCCACAGAUUCUAUUACCUUUUCAGGAUUAUAUAAGUAUCAUUAAUUGCCAGAACAACAAAUAAAAUUGGAGGAAAAAAAUAGAGAUCUGUAUCAAAGUAGGAUUUUAAAGGAAUGAAAAUACUAGAAAAAAUUGCUGUUGGAAAAGCUAGUUGGUUGAGAUUUAGUAGAUGGAGAAGGCUAUGUUAUUAAAUACAUAAUUCACUUUAUCCAUAAGCCACUUGAAAACCUUUGUUUCAUACAUACAAAAACAUGCACACACAUGCGUAUUAGGCUGACCUUCAGAUUUUUAAUAGUGCUUUUCCAACUUACAGGGUGCAAGUAAAAUUGUGAAUUCUGCUUAAGUAGAUCUCAGUUGGGGCCUGAGAGUUCACAUUUUUAACAGACUCCCAUAGUAUUUACAAGUACUGAUGUCUAUUAUUUGUACUUGUAAUAGAUUUAAAAGACUCCAAGCCUUUAUGUAACAUUUGCUAACCUAAGCAGAUUUGUCUUAAGAUUAUUAUAAAAGUAAUGGUAAACUUUUAUAAAUUUCUGAAGUUGAAGAAUUGAGAAUGCAAACUGAUUCUGAAGCCAUCAAUAUAAAGUCUAAAACUUUUUGAAAGUUACGAUCAGAAUUUUGUGUCUUUCGGAGCUUCUAUAAAUAAAGGAUUCUUAAAAAAUAGGUACCCCUGAGCCUCAUGUUGGUAAAAACCUUAUUAAUAUAUCAGAUCAGAUAGCAUUUUCUCAUGAGUAUAUGUGGAUCAUGGUUUCAAUUUUUGUUAAUAGGAAAGUUAAGUUUUUCAAAUAAUCAGAAAUAUAGUCAGUCUAAAUCUUGCUGUCAUUUUAUUUAAUAAACCUUAAAAAGAGCAUAAUCUCUUAAGAUUUGUUUGGUAUUGGUAGUGAAAUCUCAUCUGACAUGCUGAGGACUUCUGGUAACUUAAUUUGUUGUUCUGUUACUUAGUGAAGAAUUUGUUUCAUUGUAAGGUGUUAUUUGAAGGAUACAGUUGAAUAAUUUGGUCCUUAAAGUGAAUUUUUCUAUAGAUUGAGCUUGGAUAUUGAGUUUCCCUUAAGUGUUUCAACACUAUUUGUAAGAGCUGCCCAUUCAAGAGACCAGAAAAUUUAACCAAAAGUUGUGUGUAGUAGGACUUUGAAACUGGUUUAUCAAGAUUUAUUGGUUAAAGUGAGGCAUGAUAGCUCAUUUCUGUAAUACCAACAUCUUGGGGGAUUGAGGUAGAAUUGAGUUCAAGGUCAGCCUAAUCACUUACCAAAAACUUGUCUCAAACAUUUGUUUAUUGAUGGUUUAAUUUAAUGGUUUCUUGUGGCCCAAUUAAUGGGAUAUUUACUCUAUGCCAAGUUUAAAGCUUCACCUUUCAAACUUGAAGAUCUGUAUGCAGUCUUAAAGAACUAUGAAAAUUCAGUUCUUAGAAUACACGUUAAAUUUUACAAUGUGGUUUUAACCAUUUUUCCCUUUAUAUACUAAACCUUUCUCCAAAGAAUGAUUUGAUUUGUUCUUUAAAUCCAAAGAUGACAUGCUAAGCUAUAGCCCCUACUCUUCAGUAAGACUAUUGAACUGAAGGCUGUCUUUCCAAUUGUUAUGUUUACCAAGUUAUAAUUGUGGAAAAUGCUAAGCUUUUUCACUAGAGAGUGAUAAAGUGAAGGACGGGAAAGGAACAUUGAGCCAAAAUUUUAAUGAUGAAAUUACACUUUUGGAUGUUGGGAGCAGGAGUCCACAAACUGAAGGUAGCUGUUAACCAUACCUGAGAGCUGUUCUGUACCAAACAGUACCAUAAUUGCUGUUUAUAACCCCUUUGAGUGACUUUUUAAAAAGUAGUUUAGCAUUGCCCCAUACAUACACCAGCAAUAAACUAAUCAUCUCCAAUAGAAGACAGCUUCGUUAAGUGGAUAAAAAAUGUGAGUGGGAAGUUUACCUUUAAAAUAGUGUUAGGGAACUGAAAAUGGAAUAUAGUAUAAUUAUUUUUAUAUAUAUAAUUGAAUGAUUAAAGGGUGUUUAAAGCAUUUUAUUUUUAUAGGAUGAAACCUUUGUAAAAGAAAAUGAAUGUAAGGUGGACCAGUUUUUGAAUAUAGACAUUGAAUGGUGGCGUUCUUAACUAAGUCUUUAUAUAAGGACCAAACAGCUACAUCUGCCACCAGUUUUGUACUUCCCAUGAGUCAAAAUGAGUUUUUAUAUUUUCUAUAUGAUUGGGAAAAGUUAAGACUAUUUUGAAAAUGAUGAAAAUGCAUAAAUAUCAACUUCAGUAUCUAAAAGUAAAAUUGUUUUGAACCAUUAGUCACUCAUUUACAUACUGUUUACUGUUGGCUGCUUCCUUGCUUCUGUGGCAAAAUUGAGUAGUCUGACACAGAUGUAUAACCAACAACUACUAAAAUAUUUACUAUCUGACCCUUUUCAGAUUUGUCAGUUCCUAUUAUGAAAGAUUAUUUUGUUCAUCUCUGACACAUAGUUGAUUUGCUUCUUGCAGGCUUGGCUGUAUUCUGGAUUCUCAUUUUUUAAAUUUUUAUUUUGAGAUAGGGUCUUAUAUGCAGUUCAGACUGGCUUUGGGCUCACUUUGUAGCCCAGGUUGGUGUCAGACUUCGAGCAAUCGUCCUGCCUUAGCCUCCUGUGUGCUGGGAUUACAGGAAUGUGCCACUCGUGCCCUGUUCUCUUUUGUCUUUUACUACUACCCAAAUAGGCAUACCAGCAGGUACUAGUACUUUCUUAGUUUGUUUUUGGUUUUUGGUGCCGGGGAUAAAACUCAUGACAUCGAAUUUGCUAGGCAGGUGCUUUAUGCCGCUGAACUAAAUCCCCGGCACUAGUACUUUUUAAAAAUAAUACCUUUUUAUUCCUAAACUCUUAGAGUAGCUGUUUGCCAUGAAAACAAGGGACUUUGGUUUGAGGGAAAAGAAUCUAGCAUGGAUAUGUAACACUUGUGAAAUAAAUUAGGCUAUAGAAGUUUGCUUUUUCUAGCAGUGAAUUACCGGUUGCUUUCAGUCUAACUCCACCUCCUGUGGAUAGCCCUAACUGAUGUGCACUUAGAAAAAGACUAAGAACCAAGCCAGUCAUUUGUAUUUUUGUUGGCAUCACUUGGCAGACUCAGCUUUGAGAAUUAAGUUGAAAGUUAAAAUAUCUGUAAUUAACUGCACUAAAUGACAAGGUACAGUUUUAUUUACUCAUGUAAUACUUUGUCUAAUGCUUGUAGCAGGUAGAGCUAUACCUUUUUUUAAUUGGUAUUUCUGUUUCGUUUUGAUGGUUGAGAAUCUGAUGCACAGUAAAACCUGUCAUGAAUUGAGAGUUGACUGUUAGUUGAAACUGGUUAUUGUAACCUUCCCCCUCACCCCUUAAAAAAAUGCACUUUUUACCAAGAAUAAAACCAUUAAAAUCUAAA